UCUGCCUUUAAUGGCCCUCUGUUCCUUGAACGCUAAGGAAGUUUCAUUGGAAGUAGAAUGCUCGACAAUUCUGCCCCCUCUCCGCAUCAACUGGACCUUACAAAACUCUCUCUCUCUCUCUCAUAUAAUAAAAUACCCUAAAAUUUUUACCAGAGUCUCAUGGAAGCAAACACUCUCCCAUGUCAACUUUCUGCAACAUUUCUUAUGCUAGCCUAGCUCAUUCAAGCUGUCAUCAUAGCUUCCAAAACCUCCUUACUUCCUCUAAAAUCCCAAUCUCUCUCAUAAUUCACAUAUUCUCUCUCUCCAUGCACUUCCUUUCUUCUCUUCCAUUCUCUCCACCACCAUGGCUUUAAAGCUAAAUUCUCGUCUCUUUACUCUCAUUCUUUGGCUCUCUCUUUUCCUGUUAUUCUUUCAUGGCAUGUGGGUCACUUUCAAUAGCAAGAAUAAUAGAAGCAUCCACAACAACCGAAUACCUCUCUCUCAUCAAACUACUACUACUACUACUACUACUACUUUGAGUAACAGGAGAGUAUUGAUUAGCAAAAUCAACUUCUCCCAGUUCCUCCAGCACCAGCAGCAGCAGCAGCAGCGGCAUCACGUGGCUGCGCCGCCUGAAUCAGCUGGAACAGAGAUCGACCCACGUUAUGGUGCUGAAAAGCGCCUUGUCCCAACUGGUCCAAACCCUUUGCACCAUUGAGGUUUUUUCUCAUAUAUAUGCUUGAUGUUGUUGUAAUAUUCUUCUUCAUUCUUCCAAAAAGAAAAAGGAAAAAUCUGCUAAGGAUUAUUACAUUAUUACUUGUAUUGUAUCAUUUGUAAGUUUUUUUAUUUUAUAUAUACCUCAAACUAAGAAGUCCUAAUUCAGAUUUA